UCACUGUCCCCUUCUUCUCCCAGACAGACCCUGCCCUUUUCCUUUCCGUCGCCCCGUUCUGAGGAUUUUCGUGGUGGAGGAUAGAGACUCUUGACAAUGGGAAGCUCUCUCGGCGGCCUGCAAGGCUGACACCCCGCUCCCCUCCUCGCGGCUCGGUAUCCACGUCAAGCGGCCUGUGUGUCCCCUCUGAAUGUCCCUCACGAUGGCUAAGCGUGAGACCGGCAGCACCAGCCCUGUGGUCAGGCAGAUAGACAAGCAGUUCCUGGUCUGCAGCAUUUGUUUGGAUCACUAUCACAACCCCAAGGUCCUGCCCUGCCUACACACCUUCUGCGAGAAAUGCCUUCAGAACUACAUCCCCCCGCAGUCAUUGACGCUCUCCUGUCCAGUCUGCAGACAGACCUCCAUCUUGCCAGAGAAGGGUGUGGCAGCCCUGCAGAACAAUUUCUUCAUCACAAACCUAAUGGAGGUGUUACAGCGAGACCCGGAGUGUAGCCGACCUGAGGCCUGUAAUGUUCUGGAGUCAGCCAGUGCAGCUACGGCCUGUCAGCCGCUCUCUUGCCCCAACCAUGAGGGCAAGGUGAUGGAGUUUUACUGCGAGUCAUGUGAAACCGCCAUGUGUCUGGAGUGUACAGAAGGAGAACACAGGGAACAUGUGACCGUUCCUCUGAGGGACGUGCUGGAACAGCACAAGUCGGCGCUAAAAAAUCAGCUGGAUGCUGUGCGCAACAGACUACCUCAGCUGACUGCUGCAAUUGAGCUGGUGAACGAGAUCUCCAAGCAGCUUACAGAGCGGAAAAACGAGGCAGUGACUGAAAUCAGUAGCACUUUCGACGAGCUGGAGAAGGCUUUGCACCAACGCAAGACCGCGCUUAUCACUGAGGUUGAGAACAUCUGCAGCACUAAGCAGAAGGUGCUCCAAGCCCAGCUGACCUCUUUGCUUCAGGGCAAAGAGAACAUUCAAAGCAGCUGUAAUUUCACAGAGCAGGCCCUGAGCCACGGCAGCGCCACUGAGGUCCUGCUGGUCCAGAAGCAGAUGGGUGAGCGGGUCAGUGCGCUGGCACGGCACACCUUUCCCGAGCAUCCCCAUGAAAACGGACAUCUGGAGUGCCAGGUGGAGACCGACGGACUUAGGCGCUCCAUUCAGAACCUGGGAGUCCUGAUCACAACGGGGACCGUAGGCCACACCAGUGUCGCCACCGGCGAAGGUCUGCGGCACACGCUGGUCGGCCAGCACACCUCUGUCACAGUCACCACGAAAGACAAGGACGGAGAACUGGUGAAGACCGGCAACGCGGCGCUGAGGGCGGAGAUUGUCUCUGCCGACGGAGUGUGCACUGAAGCUGAGGUGGUGGACAACAAGAACGGCACGUACGAAGUCGGUUACACCAUGCGCUCCGAGGGAGAGUUCACCUUCUCUCUGCUGCUGUACGAGCAGCCGGUGAGGGGGAGUCCGUUCCGACUGCGCGCCGUCAAGCCGUCAGACGUCCUGCAGUCGCCGGACGACGUGAAGAGGAGAGUGAAAUCUCCGAGUGGAGGAGGAGGUCAUGUUCGACAGAAGGCUGUGCGCAGACCCUCCAGCAUGUACAGCACCACCAAGAAAAAAGAAAACCCGAUCGAGGACGAGCUGAUCUACAGAGUGGGAACGAGAGGGCGAGAUAAGGGAGAGUUCACUAACCUACAAGGCAUCUCCACCUCCAGUAACGGACGGAUUGUGGUGGCAGACAGCAACAACCAGUGUAUACAGGUAUUCUCAAACGAUGGCCUAUUUAAGAUGCGGUUUGGGGUCAGAGGUCGUUCGCCAGGGCAGUUGCAGAGGCCCACGGGGGUCACGGUGGACGUGAAUGGCGACAUAAUUGUUGCUGAUUACGAUAACCGGUGGAUCAGCAUCUUCUCCUCGGAUGGCAAGUUCAAGAGCAAAAUCGGAGCAGGGAGACUGAUGGGACCGAAAGGUGUGGCCGUGGAUAAGAAUGGACAUAUCAUCACGGUAGAUAAUAAGGCCUGCUGCGUCUUCAUCUUCCAAUCAAACGGGAAGUUGGUGACAAAGUUCGGAGCCAGAGGAACAUCAGACAGACACUUUGCAGAAAAAGGUGGUGCAAACAUCGCACUGGAACAAAAGCUCAGUAAAUCUGGCCCUGUUUUCAGUCCUCACUUUGUGGCCGUAAAUAACAAAAAUGAAAUUGUGGUAACAGACUUUCAUAACCAUUCAGUAAAGGUGUACAAUGCAGAUGGGGAGUUCCUCUUUAAAUUCGGCUCCCAUGGAGAAGGGAACGGCCAGUUCAACGCUCCAACAGGCGUUGCUGUGGAUGCCAACGGAAAUAUCAUUGUUGCUGACUGGGGCAACAGUCGUAUCCAGGUGUUCGACAGCUCAGGGUCCUUCCUGUCCUAUAUCAACACAUCAGCGGACCCCCUCUACGGCCCUCAGGGGCUGGCCCUCACAUCCGAUGGUCAUGUGGUGGUGGCGGACUCUGGGAACCACUGCUUCAAAGUCUACCGCUACCUGCAGUAGACCGCCGUCUCGGCCACUGCAAGCACACUGACAACGACACGACCAAUGUUCUCCACGGGGUGCAGUCUAGUUAAGCCUUUUGAUGUGCACAUCAGAUGAUCUACCUGAUAAAAUGAAGUGUCCGAUUCUGAGUGUAUUGAAGGUUGUUUGUUCGGUUGGAUGAUGUAGCAUCCUUCAGACAAGUAAUGGAAUUAAAGCUAUGGACAGCUUUUAGAAGUCCAAAGGCAUUUUUUGUGCAUUGUACGCUGUUGAUGGUAUUAUUCAGCCACAUUUUCUGUGAGACCGGGCAGGGUAGGAUAUAGAUUGAAUUAUUUAAUGAGCCAUAACUUGUCCAAAUGCAUGAAGUUUUGUUUUAUCUUAAUGCCUAGGCAACGACACAGUGUACCUAUGGGUUGCUUUUCUCACAAACUAGUUAAUGCUUGCAGUGAAAUGAACAACGCUACGCUUCUCCAGCAAUGAAAUGUAAAAUUUCUCAUUUAUUGACAUCUCCCAUAAACAAAAGUCAUCACCAUCUGUGCAUUGAUUUGCUGUAUGUACUGUAUAUACAUAAAUGUAUAUUGUGUAUAUUAAAUCACCCCCUAUGUAUGUGCUAUGAUUUUAAAACACAGCCUGUUGGCAGGUGACGUUUGCAGGAUGUUAAGUCGCUGUUUAAAAGUGUUUUUUGAAGAGUGUCAUAUUUAUUGCUAAUGUAAGCAGCACAAUAAUCUUUUUUGUUAAUAUAUCUGUUGUUUUAAAAGUAAAAAAUAAAGACAAAAACAUAAUUUAAUUUUUUUUUAUACACUAGCACAGCAUUUACAAAUUAUUUUUCUAAAUUGAUGUGCUUUUUUUCUUUAUCUUAAAGAGAAAUUUCACCUUAAAACAGAAUUCAGUGCCGUCCUCGCAGCAUUUUAUCUAAAGCCAUAAACCCAUCUUUGUUUGGGAUGUUUUUCUAUUCAGUGUUUAUGGCUAAGGAAAUGUGCUCAUAAAGUGUUUUGCCUUUGGUAAUUAAAUAGGUCUUAAUUCUAGUUUACACCUGUCAAAUAAAGCAAUCUCAGGAAAUGCAUCUAAAUUAGAUUGGGACGUCAUUGCAACAAUUUGAUAUGUUCUUGAACGUUGUUUUUUCAUGUAUCAGCUUUCAACGGUAAAAAUCUGUCUAUCGAAGACCACAAAAUUGACCCGGAAGGCAUAUGAAUUCUGUUUUACAGUGUUUUUUCUUUUUGGCCUUUACAUACAGUAAGAAACAAUUAGGAAAUAUUUGAUAGUUCAUUAGAUGACAUUUGUCAGCAAACUCGUUUCUGCUUGAGAAUUCACUCAAAUAUGGUAAAAAAAAACGUUAUUUCUGAGAUCUGCCUGCACGACAUCAAGCCAUGUUAGCAGAGCUGAGGCCGCUCUCGCUUCCCCCUCAUGUUCGUUCUUCGUAAUGUCCUGAGGAAACCUAGUGCCACAGCAAAAGCGAGACCAAGAGUGGGGAAAAAAGGCAACUUCCUGGUUUGACAUCAUAUCCCACAGCACUGUGCUCAACACCCAAACUCCUACAUUCACCUCCCCAAGGCAGGGACGAGAUGAUCCGAUUUCACCUGUACAGUCAGCAGGAAAGCUUUAGUUUUUCAGGCACCUGAUGUGUGGUUUGACUUGUUGCCAAACAGAAUGCCAGACAACUAUAAAGGGUCAAAGGCACACCUUUUUCAAAUGUCUCUGAAGCAUUUUACAUUGCGCUGUGUCUCACCAAUACACAUUUGGAUUUCUCUAUGAAUAUGCACUGGUAAUAAAAGCACAUGGUUUACUGAA